AUGAGACUCGCUCUUCUUAGUCUCCCCUUCGCGGCUGCUCUGGCUAGCGCAGUCCCCUUCAAGGGUUACCAGCAAAAGGUGAAGGAGAGUAUCUAUAGCCCACCCAGCGGGUGGUACAAGCAUGCUCCCGCGCCCAAGCACCAUUUGCUCGAGCUCAAGAUCGCUCUUCCUCAGCUCAAAUUCCCGGAGCUCGAGCAGCACCUCUGGGAGGUGAGCGACCCGAGUCACCCACGUUAUGGGGCACACCUGUCGAAGCAGGAGACCGAAGCACUCAUGGCACCCCACCCCGAGACUUUGGACAUCGUCAGCAAUUGGCUUGCCUCGCACGGUCUAGCGGAAGAAGAUAUCAUCCGAUCAUCUGCAAACGAUUGGGUCACUAUUCGUGUCCCAGUCGGUCUCGCAGAAGAAAUGCUGACUACUGAUUAUCAUGUUUACAAGCACGCUCAGACUGGAGAGAGCAUCGUCCGGACCAUGAGCUAUAGUCUCCCUGAGAGCUUGCACGACCACGUCGAUCUUAUUCAGCCUACUACCAUGUUCGCUCGUUUCAAGGCGUUCAAGAGCACGCUGCACCAGUCUAAUCAUGUACGGCCUGCGGCCUCGAGCCCGUCUGGUUCAACGAUUACAGGGCCUGCAGGCAACCAGGUUGAUGCGAGUUGCAACGAUACGAUCACUGUUUCGUGUUUGAGACAGUUAUAUAACGCGGUGGAUUAUAACACGUCUGCCACGAACGGAAAUACUCUGGGUAUCACUGGUUAUCUUAACGAGUCUACCAAUAACAAAGACCUUCAACAAUUCUAUAAGCUUCAGAACCCAUCUGCUUACGGCUCAAACUACACUACCGUGCUCAUUCAUGGUGGCCAGAACAACCAGAGCUAUGAAGCAGCAGGCCUUGAGGCCAACCUUGACACUCAGUUCGGCUUUGGACUCACUUGGCCCACGCCCAGAACGUUCUACUCGACUGGCGGCGAGCCCGAAUUCGACUCCGAUUUGUUGACGGAGGGUGAUACGAACGAGCCCUACUCAUACUGGCUUGAACACGUCCUUUCGCAGGAUACAAUUCCGCAGUCGAUCUCCACAAGUUAUGGCGACGAUGAGCAAACUGUCCCGCGCUCUUACGCGACUCGUAUUUGCAAUGGCAUGGCAGCACUCGGUGCUCGUGGUAUCUCAGUGAUGUUCUCUUCUGGCGACGGCGGUGUGGGUGAUGGAGUUGCAUAUCCCGAUAAGCCUCUCAAGCACCAGUGUUAUUCCAACGACGGUCAUAAUACCUCGAUGUUCCUGCCUGUGUUCCCUGCUUCCUGCCCAUUUGUAACUGCUGUCGGUGGAACUGUUAACAUCCCCGAGAUCGCCGCGUCCUUUUCUGGUGGUGGUUUUAGUAACUAUUUUGGUCGUCCUUCGUACCAGGAUGAUGCUGUCUCGGCAUAUUUGGCAACGCUCACUCCCGGCUCUUACAAAGGCCUCUAUAACUCCACAGGACGUGCAUACCCGGACGUAUCAUCACAAGCGGCAAGCUUCUUGGUAGUUUACCAAGGCCAGCCGACACCACUGGAUGGUACAUCCUGUGCCGCGCCCGCAUUCACUGCGUUUGUUUCCAUGCUGAACGAUGCACGUCUUAGUGCCGGAAAGGCUGCUCUCGGCUUCUUGAAUCCUUUCUUGUAUUCCACUGGCUACAAAGCAUUAAAUGAUAUUACGGAGGGUCGCAACCCAGGAUGUCAAACUGAGGGCUUCAAUGCCACAGUUGGAUGGGAUCCUGUCACCGGAUACGGUACACCCAACUUCGAGAAGUUGAAGGACUUGGUCAUGGCCAUGUAGAGGAAUAGACAGGAUUAAAGGGUUACAUAUAUCGCGGACAACUCCUAAUAAUGAGCACGUAGUGCGCCAGAGACUGAGCGAUUUGAGGCGACCAGAUCGACGCUGGAAACAA